GUCUGUGUAUGUUUUGAUCGGCGAUCGGCCAGAGGAAAGGAAUGACGAAUUUAUUGCAGAAAAUUUAUGUUUAUUAACUGAUUUCUGCAAAAUAUUUUCAUCAUCAUUUACUAGUUAAGCUAAAAUAUGACCGACAAAGAAUAUUCGGGACUGUCGAAAGAGGAAAUUGCUAGGCAGUUCAAUUUCCUGCCCGAGCGAAAAUCCAAGAUCGCAACUUUGUUAAAACAAGAGGAGAACACCAAGGAAGCUUAUUGCAUUUGCCGGUCAUCAGACUCAAACCGGUUUAUGAUUGCUUGUGACAACUGUGAGGAAUGGUACCACGGAGACUGCAUCAAUAUUUCGGAAAAGGACGCUAAAUAUAUCAAGCAAUACUUCUGUGUGCGUUGUCAAGAAGAUGAUCGUAGCUUGAAAGUCGUUUACAAGCCACGGAAGAAGGAAAAGGGAUUAACACCUUUAACGCCUACUUCCUCCCAACCCAAGAAGCGGAAUGAUAAAUAUGAAGAGAAGAAGCAAAAGAAAAGAGACAAAGCUGCUGAAGGAUACUCCGGAGGCCAGGCCCGUGCAUGUGGCAAUUGCGUCAACUGCUGUCAAAAAGAAGACUGUGGACGAUGUGACUAUUGCAAAGACAUGAAAAAGUUUGGCGGUCCUGCUAGAUUGAAACAAAAAUGUCGACAACGCCAGUGUUUGAGUCAAGGCUGGAGCAAUCACCAAGUGGCAGUUCCUUCCAAGAGGAAAAGGAAGGACUCUGACAGCGACGGAGAAAUGGUCAACCCGAAACUGUUCAUCAAAUCAGCCCGUCAGUGCUAUGGUCCAAAAUGCGUGAACGCCGCGCGAGUCGGCUCGAAGUACUGCAGCGAAAAGUGCGGCAUCACGUUGGCUAGUCACAGGAUCCUAUCGGUUCUGCCGCAGAGAAUCCAGGAGUGGAAUAUGACGCAGAGCGUGGCCGACGACAGAAACAGAAAGCAGUUGGAAAAGAACAGAAGGCAGCAGAUGGAGGUUCGAAAAAAUCUGGACAAACUGGACAAGAAGCACUUGGAGCUGGACAGGCUGUUGGAGAAAGCGAGCAUGCUGGAUUUUGACCCUGAUGCGGAUGGCGAAGGAGAAGAGGAAGCUGAAAACAGCAUGUACUGCAUCACCUGCGGCCACGAGAUCCACACGAGGACGGCCAUUCGACACAUGGAGCGCUGCUUCAACAAGUACGAGAGCCAGGCGUCCUUUGGCUCAAUUUACAAAACUCGCAUUGAGGGAAACAACAUGUUUUGCGACUUUUACAAUCCUGCCAACGGGACCUACUGCAAACGCCUGAAGGUAUUGUGCCCUGAGCACGCCAAAGACCCAAAGGUCUCCGACUCGGAGGUGUGCGGCUGUCCGAUUAUGAAGGACGUGUUCACCGAAACUGGCGAAAUGUGCCAAGUAGCAAAGAAAAAGUGUGUUCGUCAUUUCUGCUGGGAAAAACUGCGUAGAGCAGAAAUCGACAUGGAGCGAGUGCGCCAGUGGUUGAAAAUUGAUGAGCUGAUCGAGCAGGAGCGACAAAUCCGCCAAGCCAUGUCAAGUAGGGCUGGGGUGCUUGGGCUCAUGCUGCAUUCCACUUACAACCACGAGUUGUAUGAAAGAAUAAGUGCACAGCAGCAACAGAAGGAGAAGGACGAGUCUGCGAGUAAGCAGUCAGCUGCUACCUGAGCGUAAUUGUACAUAAUAAAUUCUUAUUUUCUGAAAUAAUAAAGUUGAUACUGACAAGAGUCAACAAA